UCAUGCAACUCUGUGGCCGCUGCUCUGCACGCUCCCUCAGCUUCUGUUACGUGCAGGCACCUUGCGAAAUGCGUUGAAAAAUCCCACUUCGUAAUUACAGAAUCUGUGGUUUCCCCCUGUUUCCCUUUGCCGCUCUCUCCGUCUUCUCUCCAAUCGCUCCGCCAUGGAUGAUGACGUCGGGUUCAAUAGUCGCCUCAUGUUUGAAGCGUAUCUGUACGACUAUCUGAAAAAGAAGAACAUGCACCAAACGGCCGAGAUUUACAGGAAGGAAGCCAAUCUCGAAUUUGAUCCUGACUUCCGUCCAGCUAUGGACAUCCCAGGUGGUUUUCUGCAAGAAUGGUGGUCGAUAUUCUAUGACUACUUCAACUCCCAGCAACAAGGGGGUAAUAAUCAAAGGAAUGAUUCCCUAAUUAUGUUUGAACAAAUGAUGGAAACUCUGCAACAAACCAAUGCUUCUCCAUCAAAUGAGAUCAGUUCGCAACAAACCAGUGCUUCUUCGUCGAAGAAGAUCAAUCUCCAACGAACUGAUGGUUCUCUAUCGAAUAAGAACAAUUCGCAACAAAACAUUGCUUCUCCAUUGAAGAAGAUCAAUCUGCAACAAACCAAUGCUUCUCUAUCGAAUAAGAACAAUCCGCAACAAAACAUUGCUCCUCUAUUGAACAAGAUCAAUGCACAACAAGUCAAUACUUCUCUCUUGAACCAGCUCAAUCGGAAUGAGAACACAAUUGACCAAUUAGCUCAGGGUGCUUCUGCAGGACUGAUCAUGAAGCAAAAUGCAAUGGGGUCAAUGAUGGGGCCUUCAACUGAAGCUCAGAGAGUUGAGGUUGUUGCGUUGCCUUCACAUCAGCAAGAGCCAUUGAAAUUUUCAUCAUCAAGAUCUACUUCAUCAUCAAUCUUUCCGGGAAUCCCUGCAAAGCCUAUGGGACAAGAAGCAGCUUAUUCUGGUCAUGCAGCAACGAAUUGUUUCAUACUUCCAUCUGAGAUUUCACAGGUGUCAGCAGGAUAUCGGAAACGCUGCUGGGACUUAGAAUUUGCUAAAAAUGGCCGAGAAAUUAGGAACCAAUCAGAUUCUCGAGGUCCAAGAAGCAGUAGGAUUGGAGUUCCUCCUUCAAUUUCAGAAACUCCAGAAGCAAAGUUGCUUGCCGUGGACAAUAGUAGAAGAUCGGUUUCUUCACAUAACAAGGAGAAGAAAAAUAUGGCUGAUGAUGUCUACAAGAAGAUAACAUGAUGGUAGUCCUUCCUGGGCAGAUAUUAGGCUCAAGUCGAGCAUAUGGCAACAUCACUAGGAUGCACAUAUUAUCUGGCUAACAGUUUUGUGCACAUUGCGGUUUGUCCAGAUCAAAGAGGAGUCCAUUUGUCAGGUUUUCUCAGUUCAGCUAUAAUUUUGUUAUGGACAGGUUUCAUGUUUUGAUACUGCAUUCCAACUAUUUGGUACCUGAUCCCUGCUUCCUGUGCUCCUCCCAGAGACUAGUUGUUUUUGUUCCCAUUUGCUUAUCAGUAUUUGCACGGGAUUCCACAAGAUUAGAAGCUUUGUAUCUUCAAGGUCCUGCUGCCUCCAAAUGACUGGAACAGUUGCAUUGAUUCUGGUGCUCUGUUUGGGAGUUUUCAAAACACAGCUGCCAACUUUCUGCAUCAAAUGCCUCAACUUGGCAGUUUAUAUUUAGCCAUCAACCGGGUCUUCCUUACCUGUUUUCUGAUUUUCUUUCCAUCAAAUACAGUGUCAUUCAAUGGCAAUGCUAUAUAGAUGUGGUUUUUAAAGUAAUACUGUCGUCGGACCUCACAAUAUUAAGCAGAAAAAUAACGUACUUUUAUACCUAGUACAAAGGGGUUUAUGUUUUAGUAAAUGUUAUGGGGUUGGUGGAGUAUGAAAAUAUCACUACGAAUAGGGAAUACUCUUGUUUCCACUCCUCCGGCAUAAAAGGGAAGUUUUUGGGUACAACAGGAACUGCACAAGGGCAGAUGGAUGCAAUCUAAACCUCUGGAUCUCCAGGACAUUCUGGAAAGUUAAGGUUCCUUCUAAGGUGAAGAUAUUCGCGUGGAUUGCUAGCGAGCUACUGCAAAAUCGUAGACCGAAUUGUGCUUUAUUAUUCGCUGAUAUUUGUAUGAUGUGCUACAACAGUAGGGAGACAUACAAUCGCCUCUUUCGUCAUUGUGAGAUGGCUUGGAGAUUAUGGUGUUGGCCUUUUGACAUUUUCAACCUAUCUUUGGUUGCCCCUCCUUUGGAUUGUUUUCUUUGUUCAAGCAUUAGAGGUUUUGAGAUUAGAAUGAAAGCUAAACCGUCAUGGAAAUGUGCACUUUUUCACAUGUUUAUAGACAAUUUGGUUGGAAAAAAAUCACCACAUUUUUUAUGAUUCAUUGAUACCAGACUCGAUUCUUUAGGAGAAGAUGACCUUCUUGGCAUCUCUUUGGGCUAAAGCUUACGAGUUUUUCUCGAAAAUCCUCUUGCCCUUUUCUAUAGUAGGUUGGAUGCCUUGAUCAUGUGACAAGUUGUCGACUUUUAUUAAAUUGUUUUCGUUUCUUUGUUUUUGUUUCAUUUACUUUAUUUUCAGUUGGAUCACUUAUUCGUUGUUUUAUUGUAUUGUUUUUGCCUUUUCUCGAUGAAACUUUUUUUUUCUAUCAAAAAAAUAUGCAAUGGUUUAUGUUAUUGUGAUUGGUGUAUGAUACUCGAUUACGAUCUCUAGGUUCCUUUUACUUUCUUAUGCGACAUAUUGUUUUGUUUUACCUUUCGUUAGCCAGGGAUGGUUUCUCUAGAGAAACUGUUUUUUUUUUCAUGGUUUUGUUGUUUUAGGAGUAUUUUUGUUUGUUACUGUUUUCUCUUUCUAAUAACAUUUCUUUUUCCAUAAAGUAGAAAUCUUAACAAUAACUAAAUACGAACUCUACAAAAAAAUUGAGCUAGAAUAAAUUACUCCUAGAUUAUAACAGAUAGUAAAUAGGAUAUUUAGAAGAUAAGCUUAUUCUUUAUAAUAAAUAAAAUGUUAUAAUAAAUCUCUUUUCUAUAUAUUUUAAAGCCUUGUUUUUCUAACGAGUACAGAUGCUAAACGGCACAACUUAGGCAAGAAGUGCUUAUAGUCCAAAGGUUAGCAUAAUUUUCUUUUAGACCCGGGUUCAACUACCAGCCAUAUGUGUUCUCUCUUUUUUUUUUCCCUUUAGGAAUAAUUAUGUGGGAGAAGCUACGAGAAGGAAAGCAAGAGAAAGGAGCAGCCAAACCAAAGAAAUAUUGUCAAGGUUCUAAGACAAUUCUGGAAUGAAAUUGUUGUUCCCAUGGUUAGUGGGAGGCUGGAGCAUCAACAUACACAGAAAA